UGUUGGGCUGGGUGUAAGCGCGCGCGCUCGCACUGUGCCAACUUCAAAGCGAUCUCUGUCUGCUUCACGCGCGCUUCAAUGGGCUCGAGUAAGAAGAUCGUGCGCUGUUUGGAGUGUCUCACCGUCCUCGUGCUCGUGUUCUUCGUGGGCUUUAUCAUCGGGUGGUUUGCGAGACCUGCGGACACGCAUCAUGAAAAGUCACAGGUGCGUGACUUCCUGCAUGAGUUCAUGGACGAAAUCCAUGCAGGCAACAUCAAAGAGCAUCUUAGGAAGUUCACUCGUCUGCCUCAUUUGGCGGGAACGGAGCAGAACCUGCGAUUGGCCGAGCAAAUUCGGGAGGAGUGGCUUGCGUUUGGGCUGGACUCGGCCGAGCUCGUGUGGUACGACGUUCUGCUCUCGUAUCCGAACUCGACCAUGCCGAACUACGUCUCUGUAAUGAACCAGCACGGGGAGGAGGUCAUAAAGUCGUCUCUAGCUGAACCUGUGCCUGAGGGUUACGAGAACGUGAGCGACAUCGUUCCUCCUUACAACGCCUUCUCUGCCCAGGGACAACCAGAGGGCGAGCUGGUGUACGUGAACUAUGGCAGGACGGAGGAUUUCUUCAAGCUGCAGAGGGACUUGGGGAUCAACUGCACGGGCAAAAUCGUCAUCGCCCGAUACGGUAAAAUCUUCAGAGGCAACAAGGUAAAAAAUGCCAUUUUAGCCGGUGCCAAAGGCAUAGUGUUGUAUUCGGACCCGGCGGAUUACUGCGCCAAGGAUGUCAAGCCGUACCCCGAAGGAUGGAACCUGCCAGGAGGGGGCGCACAACGUGGCAACGUCCUAAAUCUGAAUGGAGCCGGAGACCCCUUAACCCCCGGCUACCCCGCCAAGGAGUACACUUACAGAUUCAAGCUCGACCAAGGGGUGGGGCUUCCCAAAAUUCCCGUCCAUCCGAUUGGCUACAGCGACGCUUUUCAUCUGCUGAAGAAUAUGGGCGGAGAGUCGCCACCUGCCGGUUGGAGAGGAGCUCUGAACGUGUCCUAUCGAAUCGGACCUGGAUUUAUCGGCGACUUCGCAGAGAAUAAAGUGCGCAUGAACGUGCACAGCUACAAUCAGGUGACCCGGAUCUACAACGUGAUUGGCCGGAUCAAAGGAGCUCAGGAGCCAGAUCGGUAUGUUAUAUUAGGCGGCCAUCGUGACGCCUGGGUGUUUGGGGGAAUCGAUCCUGUGACUGGAGCUGCAGCGACACAUGAGACUGUUAGAGCUGCUGGGAAACUCCUGCAGAAGGGCUGGCGUCCCAGACGAACGGUGAUCUUUGCCAGUUGGGAUGCUGAGGAGUUCGGCCUGCUGGGAUCCACAGAGUGGGCGGAGGAAAAUGCUAAAAUGUUACAGCAGAGAGCUGUAGCAUACAUCAACGCAGACUCGGCUAUUGAGGGUAUGUACACGCUGAGAGUAGACUGCACUCCGUCUCUACAUACGCUCGCUUACGACAUCACCAAACAGGUGAUGAGCCCGGAGGAGGGGGAGGAGGGAAUGACUCUGUACGACAGCUGGCACAAACGGGACAACUGGACGGAAAAUCGGGACGCGCCCCGCAUCAGUAAGCUUGGCUCAGGCAGCGAUUUCGAGGCCUACUUUAUCAGACUGGGAAUUGCAUCUGGUCGAGCGAGAUACACCAAAAACAGAAAGACGGAGCGGUACAGCAGUUAUCCUGUCUACCACAGUGUGUACGAGACAUUCGAGCUGGUCGACCGUUUCUAUGAUCCCACAUUCCGCCGCAUGGAGGCGGUGACACGUGUGCGAGGGGGCGUGGUUUUCCGCUUAGCCGACGCCCCCUUGCUACCUCUGGACUGUACGGAGUACGCGGUCGCGCUCUCUCAGUACGCAGAAUCUAUCCAGCGGCUCGCGCAGAAACACCCGCAGGAAAUGGAGCGCUACUCUGUGACGUUCGAUGCUCUGUUCUCAGCGGUUAAAAAUUUCACACAAGCAGCACAGGAGUUUCAUCAGCAGCUGAAAACAGUUGACACGACCAAUUCUCUCUCAGUGCGGAUGGUGAAUGAUCAGCUGAUGUAUCUGGAGCGGGCGUUUAUCGAUCCUCUCGGCCUGCCCGGUCGACCCUUCUACAGACACAUCGUGUUUGCUCCUAGCAGCCACAACAAGUACGCAGGUGAGUCGUUCCCCGGGAUUUACGACGCGCUGUUCGACAUCCAGAACGCGGCCGAGCCUGAGACAGCCUGGAGCGAGGUGAAGAGGCAGAUCAGCAUCGCCGCUUUCACCGUCAACGCCGCCGCUGAUACGCUCCGCCCCGUCUCGUGAGCAGACCUCCUCACAUGUCUGUGACCUCAGGGACCAACUACGCUUUCACUCCGUCUGUCUGAGAGAUUCUCACAAUGCGAGAUCCCAUCCAAAGAAACUGAUAUAUAACAUGACUGAUCUUAAAGGAGACACUAACUGCUCUCUUCUACACACAUGAGCUCAAAUACGCCAUGGAUGGAUUGAGCAAGUGAUGUUUCUGUGAGGGGAAAAAAAAACAUGAAUAACAAUACAAAUAUAAUCAAAUGUAGAAGCACAUUUAGAUAUUAAAAUGAUUACUACCAGAGUAUUAGAUCAGGUUCAUGAAGCAUUUCGGAUCGAGGAUCAAUACAGCGCUGUUGAAACUCCGACUGAUUGUUUGGAAGGUGUUGAUUAGUUUUCUAUAACAGCAGCCCAGACAGUAAUACAGCUUCAAACGCCAGGGUAAUAAACCGAACAGUGCAACUUAAUAAAUUUAAACAUCAUGGAAAUGUUCUGGUGGCACGGGGCGUAGUGAUUAGCGCUGUCAUCUUGCACCUUCGGGUUCGGGUUCGAUUCCCGCCUCAGGUCUGUGUGCAUGGAGGUCGCAUGUUCUCCCCGUGCUUGGUGGGUUUCCUCCAGGUAUUCUGGUUUCCUCCCACAGUCCAAAAACAUGCAGAUUAGUCUACUAGGUGUUCCCAAGUGUGUAUGUGUGCCCUGCGAUGGAUUGGCACCCUAUCCAGGGUAAAACCCCACUUAGUGCUCUAAAUCUCCCCACGAUCCUGUAUAGAGGAUAAAAGGGUAUAGAUGAUGAGUGGGGGGUGGGAAGGUUUUUCUUUUUGGUAAUUUAAUUCAAAAAGU